GGGCACUACAAGUUCCACAUUUUCGGCAGAAAUUUAAAGGGUUUGGAGAACAACUCUGUUGUUUGUAACAUAUCCAUUUUCGCUUAUCAAUCUAUUUAAACUUCAUUGAUCUGAACAUUUCGCUAACUGCCGGUUGCCAGAGAAAAAUACACUACCCCAUCGUGGUAUAUGACCAAGAAUUCCACAUUUCAGUCGGCUUCCCUAUGUACGAAAUUCUUAAUUGUAUAUUUUAUUCCUUCUUGUUCAUAUCCGGUCUAUAUUUCGCCGGUGGAAAGUUUCCAAGAGACCAUCCGGAAACAAUCAAGAGAAGAGUUGUUUCCGUGUUCGUGACAGGAACUAUUUCCAUGAUUCAUAUACUGACGUACAUACGUUCCUAUGAUCGUCCUCCGUUUCAGUUAUCUUCAUAUGAAUUUGGGAAACUGUUUAUUAGGCUGGAUGGCUUAUUAGAAGCAGUUAUUAUAUCUGUCAUACUUACUUUGGUCAUGUACUUUGGCGUUGUAUUGGAUGAUAUAUGUAGUGGAGAUAUGUUAGUCAUAUUUGAUGUUCAGUACUGGAAAGAUCGUAUAUUUAACUGGAUAAGUUUGAGAAAUUUUGUAAUAGCUCCUUUGGCUGAAGAACUUAUCUUCCGUGCAUGUGUUACAUUUCAUCUACUUCCUUUGUUCUCAUCAUGUGUUAUGCUUUGUUUCGUUAGUUCAUUAUUUUUCUCUUUAGCCCAUUUUCAUCAUGUUUUUGAAUCAGUGAAAAGUGGUCAAGAUCUGCAAUCUGCAUUUAAAACUUCACUUUUCCAAGUGUUUUACACAACUCUAUUUGGAACGUAUUCUGGAUUUUUGAUGCUAAGAACUGAUGCAUUCUACAAUAAUUCAUCACUUAGGACGUUGGUAUAAAUCUUAAUAUGAUUCGCAUAAGAACUACACUGUUUCUGAAGCAGUCAGGAAUUGUCGAGUAUGUGUCUUAUUUAGCAGUUUACUUACCAGCUUAUUUUUCCAUAGUACCACUAUUAAAAUGAACAGAAAUGUUUUAAUAGAUGUAUUCUCUGGAAACUUGUAGAUCAUUACUUGACAUAUUCUAGUGUAUACAUAUAAUGUGCUCAGUUGUAAAAGAUAAUAUACUCUAGUGAAAACUCAGAUGUAACUGGUAAUAUUGCUUCAAGUAUUGUUACACACUCCUUGUGCAACUUCUUCGGCUUACCAGAUUUAAUAGGUGCCGUCGAAAGAGCUAAGUAUCGUUGGGGUGUCUCUGGUCAAAUUUUCGCUAUUGGAUCUCAUCUUUUGGGGUUACUUUUAUGGGCAUAUUUGUUAUAUCAAAUAACUGAAACAAAAUGGUCCUCAUCAAACAACUGUCAUUGUGAUUGGUAUUGAGUUUUCAUGCCCAUAUGAAUUAUUAUUUUUGGUGUUAAUAGGACUGUUAAAAUAAUUAGAUCUUCGUUUCAAUUAGACUGAAAAUUCUUAUCUGAUAUACAAAUAUUAACCAUUUCUUUAAUCCCGGUAAACAACAAAUUUCAGUUCAUCGAAGGUACAAAAGUAGUAGGAAUUAAAACAGAUUUCACACGAAUUUCAAGGCUUCACCUCAUAUUCGGAAUUGUAAUUAGAUUUUGUGCUGUUAAGUAUGUACUUGUACGUCAUUAGUUUGUUUGUGUUUUUUACAUUGUAAAUGUGUACCCUACUAAAAUCUGUCAUAAUUAUCAAAAUUUUCUGGUUUUCCUGUUUUGCGGUAGACGAUCUAUUAUGUAUAUUUUAACAAUAUGUAGAUUAAUUACUCGUAUAUUAAUUACUGUUUGUGUCUUAUAGACCACUUAGCUGGAUUCUUCAUGUGCUACAUAGACAUAUGCUCAGCUGAGUGAAUUUCAGUAAUUUCAUGCUGUCAUUGAGAUACCACCUUACUAAUUUAGUCCUCCGUUGUUCGACCGCAUGCAAUGGAGAGCUGGGAAGCUAGGUUGAGAGGCUUUCGUAUCAUACGACUUUCAUGUAUGUGUAAACUGAGUACUUAGAAAUAUUUAUGCUCGUAUAUCCUGG